CCAUACAAAAAUGCCCAUUUAACUCUACCAGGGGUUUUGAAUCUAAAGGGUUUUUGCUCAGACUUUCAAGCCAUGGACGACACCACCACCACCACCACCACUGCCGCCGCCGCCUCUGCCGGCACCACUUACAACAAUAACAGGAAUAAGAAGAAGAAGAACCAAACCCCAGAAGCAAAAUUCCACUCAGACCUCACACUCUGCUCCAAAAACAAAGACCUCCACGCCGCAAUCUCGCUAUACGAGUCCGCGACUCUACAGCGCCUCAACCAGAGCCACUUCAAUACUCUCCUUUACCUCUGCUCCAACUCCGUCACCGACCCAUCACUCAAACCUCUCGCUCUGAACUACGGCUUCCGCAUAUACGAUCACAUGCUGUCUCUCCACAUCAAGCCCAACGAGGCCUCAAUCACCUCCGCCGCCCGCCUCGCCGCCGCGAAAGGCGACGGGGAUUACGCCUUUGGUCUUGUGAAAUCCAUGGAGAUUGCGCCGAGGCUGCGUACCUACGACCCGGCAUUGAUGUGUUUCUGUGAGAAUUUGGAGGCGGAGAAGGCUUAUGAGGUGGAGGAACACAUGGGUAAAGUUGGGGUUAGUUUAGAGGAGCCGGAGCUUGCGGCUUUAAUGAAGGUGAGCUCGGAGACUGGGAAUGGAGAAAGGGUUUAUGGGUAUUUGCAUAAGUUGAGGAAUGUGGUGAGGAGUAUUGGGGAUUCGACCACGGCGAAGGCUAUUGAGGAUUGGUUUUGUGGUGAGAAGGCUAGAGAGGUGGGAGAGGUGAAUUGGGAGGUGGAGAGAGUCGAAAAGGCGGUGGAGAAAAACGGGGGAGGGUGGCAUGGUUUGGGGUGGAUUGGGAAGGGUGAUUGGGUUGUCAAGAGAGCCAAUGUGGAUUCGGCUGGGCGGUGUGGUGGAUGUGGGGAGCAGUUGGCGUGUGUGGACAUUGAUGAUGCUGAGACUGAGAGGUUUGCACAGUCCGUGGCUGCAUUGGCUUUAGAAAGGGAGGUUAAGGCCAACUUUAGUGAGUUCCAGGAUUGGCUGGAAACACAUGGCGAUUUUGAAUUUAUAGUGGAUGGAGCAAAUAUUGGGCUCUACCAACAAAAUUUUGCAGAUGGUGGAUUCAGUGUCUCUCAGCUUGAUGCUGUUGUGAAAGAAUUGUAUAAUUGGAGCGGAAACAAAUGGCCGCUGGUUGUCUUGCAUAACAAACGUCUUCGGACACUUCUGGAAAAUCCUUCCCAAAGAAAGCUGGUCGAGGAGUGGAUGGACAACGGCAUUCUUUAUACAACACCAACUGGUUCCAAUGAUGAUUGGUAUUGGAUGUAUGCUGCUGUAAAAGUCAAGAGUUUACUUGUGACAAAUGAUGAAAUGCGAGAUCACAUUUUUGAACUCCUUGGAAGUAGCUUUUUUCUCAAAUGGAAAGAACGACAUCAAGUUCGGUAUACUUUUGUGAAAGGUAACUUGAAACUUCAGAUGCCGCCACCAUAUUCUUCUGUCAUCCAGGAAUCAAAAAAAGGAUCAUGGCAUGUGCCUGUUGCUGGCAACAGCAGCGACUGCAAUGAAUCUUUAAGAACUUGGCUCUGCAUUACUAGGCCAAGUGCUUGUGAAGCUUUUGAUAAAGUCCCAGUCAAUGCAGAAACUUCUGAAAAUGGUCAUUGCAUCUCCAACCUGGAUUCAAGAAGUCCUUGCAAGUCAGAGAGUGUUACAAGAGGCAAUGGCUUACAUAACAGCGUGCAUUCCUUUCAGUCUUCUGAUGAUAAAGCUGUUUCCUUGACGGGUAAACGAAAAGAGAGAUCCCCAUCUCCUUCCCAGCCAUCUCAUACACCUAACUGAUACUUUUUAAUGAAGCAAUGACUUGGUUCCAUGUCAGAGGCUUCUCAAUUGUUUCAAAAAUGUCCAUCAAGCAUGAUGGAAUGAUAGAGCAGCAGCAACAGCAGCGUUAGUGACCUAUUGUAAGUCAAUGUUUUUCAAUACUUGAAGUGGUCUUCUACCUAUAACAUUUACAAUGACGGAUUUUGCCUUUCCCUCAAUUUGUAUCGUGCACUUGAUAAAUUUUCUUAUAGUUCCAUUGUUGUACUGUACAAUAAUCAAAAUUCAAGUUUCCAACAACAAUAUGAAGGAUUUUAAAUUCAUGUUUAUUAACUGAGAACACAAUAAAAUGAAGGAUUAUAACUUUUUGUUUA